CCAGGCUCCUCUGACGGGAAGUGGGCGGGGUUUCUUCAGAACAUUGACUGGGAUGAUGUUGGCAAACAGUAACUUAACAUGUUGAAACUUUUAGCUUUGAUUUAAGAUGGUUUAAUGUAUAAGGGUUCGGGACAGAGAACACGAGAGAACAAAGGUGAGCACAGUCAGGGGUUUGAUCUUUGAUUUCAUCACCAUCAUCAUGGAGUCAGCCGGACAGAUGCUAAUGUUAGCUGCUCUGAUGCUAACAGCACAUGCUGGAUCUCAGAACUAUCUUCUGACGUUCCCUCAUCCUAAGUUUGUCAGGGUUGGGUCAAACUUCACUGCUACAUGUGUGAUCAUAAACAGGACCGAGGUGACAGCAGAUGACCUCUACUGGAACCUGUCAGAGACUAUAUUACCCAGAGAGCACUACUCCAAGAUCAACAACUCUGCCAUCAGUGUGACCUUCACUGUCACCUCAGACAAACCUGAGUGGCUCUUUUGUCUGUGCAGAAAUCCGUCUCCAAACAUUGUCCUCAACCAGGGACUCUACAUGCAUGGCAUCUACCUGCAGAAAGGAUAUGCUGUGCAGCAGCCGCCGGGGAACUUGUCGUGUGUGGCUCUUCAGGAGAACACGUAUAUCUCAGGAACGAUCACCUGUGAGUGGAGAGACUCAGGGCCUCAGACAGAACAAGAUCCUAUAAUAUACACACUCCAUGUUAGAGACAUGACCAGUCAGGGGAAUUACACCACCACAACUAAAACCAAAGCUCAGGUGUCUUUGGGAACGUACCCCAAUCACAUGAACCUAGAGAUCUGGGUGGAGGCUAAGAACAGCCUGGGGAUGGUGGAGUCAGAACACCUGAAAGAGGAGGCUAACUGGUUCGUGAAGACGAAUCCUCCGUCGGACAUCUCAGUGAUCUCUGAGAAGAGCUUUCCCACCUCUCUGCUGCUCAACUGGACUCUGCCCAUCGAUAAAUCCUACUUCAGGCUAAUGUACCGGAUCAGAUUCACAACUGAGGGAGCCAACACCUGGACUGAUGUGCCUCAGGAGGACACAUCUCAGGACAUCCAGUCCUUUAGAUUGCAGAACCUGCAGCCUGGCACUAAGUACAUCUCUCAGGUGAGCUGUAAGAAUGCGAGACGAGGACAUGGGCGCUGGAGCGAUUGGAGCAACAAUGCCACCAAGUGGACGCCUGAGGCCCCACCGAGAGGAAAACCUGAUUUAUGGAUGACCAUCUUAGGGAGCCCCAAUGCAAAUGGACAAAAUGUUCAGAUUGCUUGCAAGGACCCUGUGCACUCCAAUGGGAGGAUCACCAUGUUUUCCCUGAUGAUUAAGGCCCACAGAGUGACGAAUGCCAGCACACAGCUGGAGAACACCACAGAGAUGAUCAGCAGGUCAGGAGACAUCACAGUCCUCAAACAGGUCCCCAUUCCUGACCAUCAGUCCACCCAAGUGUUCCUCACUGCAAUCAACUCUGUUGGACAAUCAGAGAAGGCAUUUUUAGGUGUCCCUGAGCGAGGUAAAGAGCGCCCCUCGGUGGAGGAUCUGAGAGUGAGUUCCCAAGACGGCCGUCUACUGGUGGAGUGGAGGCUACCCAGGAGCUCAGAGGUUUCAGAGUUUGUGGUAGAGUGGGUGGGCCGCGGACAGAUGGACUGGCAGAAAGAGAACAAGAGCACCACACGCACACACAUCACAGGUCCUCUGGAGCCGUUUGUGUGUUACAGGGUGUCGGUGUAUGUGCUGCGGUCGGGUUGGAGCAGCAAAGCAACAAGUGUGGAGGCAUUUCUGAAGGAAGGAGCUCCUUCUGAGGCCCCCUCAGUCUCGCUUCUUGGUGUACCUGGUCAUGACGGUGCUCACCUGGUCUGGACUCAGAUUCCACCUGAGAGAAGUCGAGGAUUUAUCUCUACCUACACCAUCUACUACAGGACAGGAGACGCCACCAGAGCUGUGACGGUCCUGGGUAACUCCUCCUCCUACAAGCUGACCUCGCUGUCACCUGACACCACCUAUGACACCUGGAUCACAGCUUCCACCAUCGCGGGCUCUUACAAGGGAUCCACCCACUCAUUCACCACGCAGAAGUAUGCUCCUGGGGAGAUCGAGGGGAUUGUGGUUGGAGUCAGUUUGGGCUUCUUGUUCUUCUUCCUGAUGAUCGUCCUGCUAUGCUUCUACAAAAAAGAUGUGAUCAGGGAGAACUUCUGGCCUCGGAUCCCUGACCCUGGAGAGAGUACCAUCAAGAACUGGUCUCCAGAUUAUUCUCUAAAGGCGGACCUUCCCAGAGAGAGCUGUGUGUCGGGGAUCAGCGUGCUGGAUGUGGAUGUGUGCGAUGGGCGGAGCUUGUUUGAUGAGGAGAAGGCGGGACUUCCUCUUAAGAAGGAUAAGUUUCUCUCUGAGGAGCACAGCAGCGGCAUCGGUGGCUCGUCAUGCAUGUCUUCUCCUCGCCAGAGCGUCUCAGACAGCGAUGAGGGUGGGGACAUGGCUGACACCACCGCCAGCACCGUGCAGUACUCCUCUGUGGUGGCCUCCAGUGGAUACAAAGGUCAGACCCCCGCCCAGCCCACCCUCUUCUCUCGCUCUGAGUCCACCCAACCCCUGCUAGACUGCGAGGAAAACCCUGAUACCUCAGCGCAGGAGGGCAGCAGACAGUCACAGCGCUGCAGUCGGCCUACAGGGAACAAUCUCAGCCCCCAGGGGGCAGCACUGAGAGAGGAGCUUCAGCCCCUAGACUUCUGCUCCCUUCCGGAGGACGCGGAGAACAACACGCCUGCAGAGCACCAAUCAGCUGCUUCCGCCUCCAGCUACAUGCCCCAGCUGGGGGGGUACAGGCCUCAGUGAGGGGGUGGGUACAGGCCUCAGUGAGGGAGGUGGACAGGUCUGCGUGAGGGGGGUACAGGCCUCAGUGAGGAGGUGGGUACAGGCCUGAGUGAGGGGGGUGGACAGGUCUGCGUGAGGGGGGUACAGGCCUCAGUGAGAGGGGGUACAGGCCUGUGUGAGGUGGGGUACAGGCCUGCGUGAGGGGGGUACAGACCUCAGUGAGAAGCUUGGCUUGCAAGUUGCCUUCAUGUCAUGAUUAUUUCACACUUUAAAGACUGUAUUUACACCUGUGAGUGUACCUGUGUGGGUACAUGUGUGUACCUGUGUGGGUACACGUGUGUACCUGUUUUUUUUUUAAUAUGUGGCUUUGCACAGAUUCUUAUGCAUUAUCUUUAUACUGACAACUCUUUGUGUUUGUCUGUGUUUGUAUGUGUGUGUGGGGGAGUUAACUUGUGUGCAUGUGUAUGUGAGUGUGGAUAGUUCCUGCAGCAGGAUGUGUGUGUCUGUGAGCUUUAGCGCCCUCUACUGGACAUUCCUGUUAGUUGAUGUUCACUCUGCAUGGAGAUCAUGUGCCUGACUCACUUUGACUUCAGACGCGUUGGAAACAACCUGAGAGCCAUAACAUGACAGUGAUGAAGAGGAGCAGGAACACAGAGGUGAUGAAGAGGAGCAGGAACACAGAACUGACAGAGGAGCUCUGUGGACUGUCAUGGACUCGGUGAUAAAUCAGCUGAUCAAUAAAAACAUGUUUAAAGACGUCAGAAAAUAAAAACUAAUACUUUCUCUGUUAGAGCCGAAAAUAAACUAAACUUCAAACAUCCUGA